CAUAACCUCACUGUAGACGCUUGUAAAUGUUGACAUAAAUUUACUUGUAAAAGCUAUGCAUAAGUGCAUUAAUGACUGUGCUUUUAAUUAUUUUGUAAUAUAACAAAUAAUUAAUUAUUUUUAAUUUUAAAUUGUGAUUACUUUUAUUUUUUUAUAACAUUAUGAUUUCAAUGUCAAAGAUUUUGAAUGACAAAAAGUAAAAUUUUAUUUAUAAAACUUAUGGCUUUUCUGGUAAGAGGUAUAUAAUAUGUAAAUAUUUUAAUAACAGAAUUUAAUAAUAGUGAAUAAAUAUAUUAAAUACUGAAAGAAUGCUUCAAGUACUCCGUGAACGUUCUCAAAAACGAAAAAAAUUACUCGCACAAACACUUGGAGUAUCUAGUAUUGAUGAAUUGCGACAAAUAUUAGGAACAGAUAUUGAUGAAAACCCUAAGAAAAAAGCGAAAGAAAAGGACACACUGGAAAAUGACAGUGAAACGAUCAAAGAUCAAAAAGAGAGUAACAAUGUCAUAACUGAUGAAAUAGUGUAUAAAGAUUCUUCUACAUUUUUAAAAGGCACUCAAUCAUCGAAUCCACACAACGAUUAUUGUCAACAUUUCAUUGACACGGGUCAACGACCACAAAAUUUUAUUCGAGAUGUAGGUUUAGCCGACAGGUUCGAAGAAUAUCCAAAACUUCGUGAAUUAAUAAAGCUCAAAGAUGAUUUAAUAUCUGAAACUGCAACACCUCCCAUGUAUUUAAAAACAAAUUUAUCAACAUAUAAUUUAAAAGAACUCAAUUGUAAAUUUGAUGUUAUUUUAAUUGAACCUCCUUUGGAAGAAUAUCAGAGAACUUGUGGAGCUACAAACGUUGAACUUUGGAAUUGGGACCAAAUAAUGGAAUUAGAUAUAGGCGAAGUUGCAGCAAAUCGUAGUUUUGUUUUCCUUUGGUGUGGAAGCAGUGAUGGUCUUGAUAUGGGACGUUUUUGUUUACGCAAAUGGGGAUUUCGUCGUUGUGAAGAUAUUUGUUGGAUUCGUACAAAUAUUAAUAACCCUGGUCAUAGUAAAAAUCUUGACAGUAAAGCUGUUCUUCAGAGAACUAAAGAGCAUUGUUUAAUGGGCAUUAAAGGAACUGUAAGACGAUCCACGGAUGGUGAUUUCAUUCAUGCUAAUGUCGAUAUUGAUCUAAUUAUAUCUGAAGAACCAGAGUAUGGUUCUAUUGAAAAACCAGUGGAGAUAUUUCAUAUUAUUGAACAUUUUUGUCUUGGACGAAGAAGACUUCAUUUAUUUGGAAGAGAUAGCACAAUUAGACCAGGCUGGCUCACAGUUGGACCCGAAUUAACAAAUACAAAUUUUAAUGCUGAUUUGUAUAGUAGUUAUUUUGCCUCUGGACAAAUUACAACUGGUUGUACAGAGAGGAUAGAGGCAUUGCGACCCAAAUCGCCUCCGCCAAAAGGUAAAGUUUCAGGUAGAGGCAGAGGUACUUUCAAUCGUAGUGGUCGCGGAAGAGGAAGAUAACUUCAUUAAUUUCAUUUUUGUAUAUUCAGAAUCAUGUAUUCAUACACUUCUUCAUCCCAAUGAACUGAAAAACGAUGAUUACUUUGAUUAUUAUUUUUGCUAUUGUAUGAUUCAUAAAUAUAUCAUGUGUCUAUGUAUUAUAAUUAUGACAAAAGAAAAUGAAUAAAAUAAAUAUAAUUAUUUUUUUUUA